AUGAGGGCUCCACGGACGCCGUUUGUAUGCCUGCAAUGCCGCCUCGUCCGGCCUAGAUCAGUACCAUGCCUCCGGAACCCACCAGCACGCCUCUCCUCCUCCCGUCCGACAAGAUGGAGCUCUAACCGCUCGAGCUCGAGCUCUCACUCCAACACCGAAGCCUCCUCUCCUUCGAACUCCCCUCCAGCACAGCAACAACAACAGCGGCCGACAACGGCACCCCGGCCCAACAUUGACAUCAAGCACAUCCGCCAGAACGCCGCGCUUCACGAGCAGAACUGCCUCGAGCGCAACUACAAGACGCAGUCGACGUACCCGGCGCACAUCAACGCCCUGUUCGCGCAAUGGCAGGCCCGCCAGCACGACGGCCGCAGCCUGCGCGAGCGCAGCAACGCCCUGCGCCGCCAGAUCGCGAACCCGGCCACCCUCCAGCACGAGGACGAGACGAAACCCGACGAUAGUAAUAAUACGGCUACAGCUACUACAACCCCAGAUGUGAAAGACAUCAGAACCAUGACGAAGCCCGAACUCCUCGAGGAAGCGCGCCAGCUCAAGACGCAGCUCUCCGCCAUCGAAGAAGACGAGGCGCGCCUCACAUCCGAGAUGUCCGCCCUCGCGCUCGCAAUCCCGAACCUGACCUCCGCCACCACCCCUCGCGGCGCCGUCCCGCGCGUCCUAAGCUACAUCAACGAGCACCCGGAACCCGCCCCCUCGGCCUCGGACCGCGUGUGGCGCUCACACGUGCACAUCGGGUCCGAGCUCGGCAUCCUCGACUUCGCGGGAGCGGCCACGAGCUCCGGCUGGGGGUGGUACUACCUAGUAGACGAGGGCGCGGCGCUCGAGCAGGCGCUGAUCGCGUACGCGCUGGCCGGCGUGACGCGCUCGCCCGGCUGGCGCCAGGUCGCGCCCCCGAGCAUCGUGUACAGCCACAUUGCCGGCGCGUGCGGGUUCCAGCCGCGCGACCAGCACGGCGAGCAGCAGGUUUAUACCCUGGCGCAGUCGGCCUCGGACGCCGCGCGCGGCCGGCCGGAGCUCAGCCUCGCGGCCACGGCUGAGAUCCCGCUCGCGGGGCUGAAGGCUGACUGCGUGCUUUUGGAAGAUAACGAUACGAGAAACGCCAUGCCCCUGAAGACGGUGGCCGCCUCGCGGUGCUACCGCGCCGAGGCCGGCGCGCGCGGCGUCGACACCAAGGGCCUGUACCGCGUGCACGAGUUCACCAAGGUGGAGAUGUUCGCGUGGACGCCGCCGUCCAUGGACGAGACGCUAGACGUCUUUGACGAGAUGGUCGACCUGCAGACCGAGAUCUUGCAGGGGCUGGGUCUGCACUGCCGCGUGCUGGAGAUGCCGUCGGCCGACCUGGGCGCUUCGGCUGUGCGCAAGAUUGAUAUCGAGGCUUUCUUCCCCAGCCGUCGGCGGCGGGCCACAACCAAAAAGGAGGGGGAAGGGGAGGUUGAUGAGGACGGAGGCUGGGGCGAAGUCACGAGCGCGAGUAUUUGUACCGAUUACCAGACCCGCCGGCUGGCGACGAGACUGCGGACCGUGGGCGGCAAGAUGGUCUACCCCUGGACGGUCAACGGGACGGCGCUGGCGGUGCCGCGCGUGCUGGCUGCGGUCCUCGAAAAUGGGUGGGACGAGAACGAGAUGGCUGUCACGAUACCGGAGGUCUUGCGGCCGUGGAUGGGUGGCCGGGAGAAGAUCGGGUUGAAACAUCGGCGGUUGUGA